GAAUUUAUGGUUUCACACAUGAUAUUUGUUAUCUCUUACAGGCAAUUUCGUUCCUUACACCACUAGCAGUCAUUUUUGUGGUGAAAAUAAUCCGGCGAACAGACAAGACUGAAAUUAAAGAGGCAUUCUUAGCUGUUUCCUUGGCUCUAGCUCUGAAUGGCGUCUGCACAAAUACUAUUAAAUUAAUAGUGGGAAGACCGCGUCCCGAUUUCUUUUACCGCUGCUUUCCAGAUGGAGUAAUGAACUCUGAAAUGCACUGCACAGGUGAUCCCGAUCUGGUGUCUGAAGGCAGAAAAAGCUUUCCCAGUAUCCACUCUUCCUUUGCAUUUUCAGGCCUUGGCUUUACCACCUUCUACUUAGCUGGAAAGUUACACUGCUUCACGGAAAAUGGCCGGGGGAAGAGCUGGCGGCUCUGUGCAGCGAUUCUCCCACUCUACUGUGCCAUGAUGAUUGCCCUGUCACGUAUGUGUGAUUACAAACAUCACUGGCAAGAUGCUUUCGUUGGAGGGAUCAUUGGCCUCAUUUUUGCUUAUAUUUGCUACAGACAACACUACCCUCCUUUGGGUAAUACCGCGUGUCAUAAAUCGUAUGUCAGCAUGCUAGAUCAGAACUCUGUGAAGAAAGAAGAGAGACCUACAGCAGAUAAUGCUACUGGCCUGCCUCUAGAGGGAAUAACUGAAGGUCCCGUAUGA